AUGAUGCAUGCUUUGAUGGAGAAUCAAAAGAAAAACGCCACUGAGGUGAAUGUCAAGAUCGACAUCAUGUAUUCUGAGUUGAAUGGGAGGAUAGAAUCAUUAAACACUCACAUGAGAGUGUUGGAGAACCAAGUGGCACAGUCUGCAGCGAGAGUCAAGGCGCCUCCAGGAACACUUCCAGGGAAAAACGAGGCUAAUCCAAAAGAAUUCGUGAAUGUCAUCACCCUUCGAAGCGGCAGGGAACUUAAAGAACCAAAGCAAAGAGAAGGGACUGACCAAUCCAAUAACAAGACUGACCAAUCCAAGACACAAGAACAGGAAAGCAACUCUGAUGAGGUUCCUAACGAAGCUUCUGAUGGCAUUGAAAUAUCUGGUACAGCUACUGCUACGGGAGAGCAACCUUGCAGACCCCAAUCGCCUUAUGUACCCAAACUCCCUUUCCCUACGCGUCGUAAGUCCAAGAUACAGAAGCGAGAAUAUGAAAAGCUGAAAUCAGUGGUAGAAGAACUUCAGGUCAGACUCCCUUUCAUCGAAGCAGUAAGGAUGGUUCCAUCUCUCAAGAAGUACAUGAAGGAGAUCCUCACCGAUAAGCUCAGUUUGGAGAAAGGAGUAAUGUAUCUCACGCAAGAAUGCAGAGAUCUCAAGUUCAACAAUUGCCUCUGCGAUUUGGGAGCUAGUAUAAGCCUGAUGCCGCUGAACGUUGCUAUGCGACUUGGACUGUAUACUUUCAAGCCCACUCAAGUGACUCUAGUCCUAGCUGAUCGCUCCACUCGUCGUCCAAAAGGGUUGUUGGAGAAUUUACCAGUGCAAAUUGGAAACUGCUACAUACCCAUUGAUUUCAUCGUUUUGAAACUCGACGAAGAAUCCCAGGAUCCGAUCCUACUAGGAAGGCCCUUCCUAGCAACCGCGGGUGCAAUGAUAAACGUCCGUGAAGGAAAAAUUGAUCUGCACAUGGACGAUUUGGUGGUGAGAUUCAAUUUGGAGAAGGUCGCUAAGAAGCCUACUAUCGAUGGUCAAACAUUCUGGAUUGACACUUCACUAUAG